GAGGUUCCUCUUUCCUCAGCGCUGGCGUGGAUGCUCCCUUCUCUUGGCCUUUGGAGACUCUGUUGCUUUUUAAUGGCGGCGGCAGCUGCUGGGUGAGCGGCGCGAAACUGGACAGAGUUCAUCCCUUCAAGAGAGGGGCGCUUUCUCCCGACGUCAUCACCGCGGGAUUUUCCUUCUUUGCCCCUCCAUUCUUGAAGGGAGAAGAUGCCACUGCCAUUUGGAUUGAAAUUGAAACGCACCCGGCGCUACACGGUGUCCAGCAAGAGCUGCCUGGUUGCGCGGAUCCAGCUGCUCAAUAACGAGUUUGUGGAGUUCACAUUGUCUGUGGAGAGCACUGGCCAGGAGAGCCUGGAAGCUGUGGCCCAAAGACUGGAGCUGCGGGAGGUCACUUACUUCAGCCUCUGGUACUACAACAAGCAAAAUCAGCGCCGAUGGGUAGAUUUGGAGAAACCUUUGAAGAAGCAACUGGAUAAAUAUGCAUUGGAACCUACUGUCUAUUUUGGAGUGGUGUUUUAUGUGCCUUCAGUUUUACAGCUACAGCAGGAGAUUACCAGGUAUCAGUAUUACUUGCAGCUGAAGAAAGAUAUCUUGGAGGGAAACAUUCCUUGUACGUUGGAACAAGCGAUUCAGCUAGCAGGUUUAGCCGUUCAAGCUGAUUUUGGUGAUUUUGAUCAGUAUGAAUCCCAGGACUUUCUUCAAAAAUUUGCCUUGUUUCCUGUGGGAUGGUUACAAGAUGAAAAAGUAUUGGAAGAAGCAACCCAAAAAGUGGCCUUACUACAUCAAAAAUACAGAGGGCUCACGGCUCCUGAUGCUGAAAUGCUGUACAUGCAGGAGGUAGAGAGAAUGGAUGGCUAUGGAGAAGAGAGCUACCCUGCCAAGGACAGCCAAGGGAGUGACAUAGCCAUUGGAGCAUGUCUUGAAGGUAUCUUUGUGAAACACAAGAACGGAAGGCCUCCUGUGAUAUUUAGGUGGCAGGACAUUGCUAACAUGUCCCACAACAAGUCCUUUUUUGCAUUAGAGCUGGCAAAUAAAGAGGAGACCAUCCAGUUUCAAACUGAAGACAUGGAAACAGCAAAAUAUGUAUGGAGACUGUGUGUCGCUCGACACAAAUUUUACAGAUUAAACCAGUGUAACUUGCAAACUCAGACUAUCACAGUGAACCCAAUCAGGAGGAGGUCAUCUUCAAGGUUGUCUCUGCCUAAACCCCAGCCCUAUGUGAUGCCUCCCCCGCCCCAGCUGCAUUAUAAUGGACAUUAUACAGAGCCAUAUGCUUCUUCCCAAGAUAACCUCUUUGUGCCCAACCAGAAUGGAUAUUAUUGUCACUCCCAGACAAGUUUGGAUAGAGCCCAAAUUGACCUCAAUGGUCGAAUCCGUAAUGGUAGUGUCUACAGCGCACACAGCACCAGUUCCUUAAAUAACCCUCAAGCGUACUUGCAGCCCUCUCCUAUGUCCUCCAACCCGAGUAUUAGUGGAAGUGAUGUCAUGAGACCCGACUACAUCCCCACUCAUCGGCACAGUGCCCUGAUACCCCCGUCUUACCGCCCGACCCCAGACUACGAGACUGUGAUGAAGCAGCUCAACAGAGGCCUGGUGCAUGCCGAAAGGCAGAGCCACUCGCUGAGAAACCUCAACAUCGGCAAUUCCUAUGCAUACAGCAGGCCGGAUGCCCUGGUCUACAGCCAGCCUGAAAUUCGGGAGCACGCGCACUUCGCCUCUCCCCAGUCGGCCCACUACCCAUUCAAUUUGAACUACAGUUUCCACAGCCAGUCUCCCUACCCCUACCCUGCCGAGAGGCGGCCCGUGGUGGGCGCUGUCAGCGUGCCCGAGCUGACCAACGUGCAGCUCCAGGCGCAGGACUACCCGGCUCCCAACAUCAUGAAAACCCAGGUGUACCGCCCGCCGCCGCCCUACCCGUACCCAAGGCCGGCCAACAGCACCCCAGACCUGUCGCGCCACCUCUACAUAAGCAGUAGCAACCCGGAUCUCAUCACCAGGCGGGUCCACCACUCGGUGCAGACGUUCCAGGAGGACAGCUUGCCCGUGGCCCAUUCCCUGCAGGAGGUCAGCGAGCCCCUGACGGCCGCCCGGCAUGCCCAGCUGCAGAAGAGGAACAGCAUCGAGAUCGCGGGGCUCACGCACGGCCUGGAGGGACUGCGGCUCAAGGAGAGGACCAUGUCGGCCUCGGCCGCAGACGUGGCGCCGCGCACCCUUGCCGCGGGCCCCCAGCCCGGCGUCUUCGCUGAGCGGACUAAGCCCGACGAGCCCGAAGAGCAGGAAGGUGGGAGAUACGGCCACAAGAAGUCUCUCUCGGAUGCCACCAUGCUGAUACACAGCAGCGAGGAGGAGGAGGAGCUGGAGGAAGAUGGGGCGCGGGCCCUCCUGGCACGGCCUGAGCCCCGACCUGAGCCCCGGCAGCCCGCAGCCUACGCCCACGAGCCGCUGCCCGGCUGCCCCUGUGCGGCGGGCACCCCGCUGCCAGGGCCUCUGCAUAUUCACGAGCCCAAGCCCCACGGGGCAGAGGCGGAGCAGAGGGCGAGGGAAGGUGGCCACGUCCACGCAACCGUGGAAGCCCUGCGGCCCCGAAGGGACGGGCUGCUGACGCCCUCCAUGUCCGAGUCUGACCUGACCACAUCUGGGCGGUACCGAGCCAGGAGGGACUCUCUGAAGAAGAGGCCGGUGUCAGAUCUGCUCUCGGGGAAGAAGAACACUGUGCAAGGGCUCCCGCCCCUGGGGGGAAUGAAAAAGACUCGAGUAGAUACAAAAAAAAUUGGUCCCCUUAAAUUGGCUGCCCUCAAUGGACUCUCCUUGUCUCGAUUGCCUCUACCUGAUGAAGGAAAGGAAGUAUCCACCAGAGCGACAAAUGAUGAAAGGUGUAAAAUUCUGGAACAGCGGUUAGAACAGGGAAUGGUAUUCACAGAAUAUGAAAGAAUUCUUAAAAAACGACUAGUUGAUGGAGAGUGCUCAAUAGCCCGACUCCCGGAAAAUGCAGAAAGAAAUCGAUUCCAAGAUGUCCUUCCCUAUGAUGAUGCAAGAGUGGAGCUUGUCCCAACCAAGGAGAACAACACUGGUUACAUCAAUGCAUCACAUAUCAAGGUCUCUGUCAGUGGAAUUGAAUGGGAUUAUAUUGCCACACAGGGGCCAUUACAGAAUACCUGUCAGGAUUUUUGGCAGAUGGUAUGGGAACAGGGAAUUGCAAUUAUAGCAAUGGUGACAGCAGAAGAGGAAGGUGGAAGGGAGAAGAGCUUUAGAUAUUGGCCACGACUUGGUUCCAGGCACAACACUGUCACCUAUGGAAGAUUUAAGAUCACAACCCGGUUCCGCACAGACUCUGGCUGCUAUGCCACCACAGGCUUGAAGAUGAAGCACCUUCUCACGGGGCAAGAGAGGACAGUGUGGCAUCUCCAGUACACAGACUGGCCUGAGCAUGGCUGUCCUGAGGACCUCAAGGGAUUUUUGUCAUACCUUGAGGAGAUCCAAUCUGUUCGACGUCAUACAAAUAGUACAAGUGAACCAAAAAGCCCCAACCCUCCUCUGCUGGUCCACUGCAGUGCUGGGGUAGGAAGAACCGGUGUGGUCAUUUUGUCAGAGAUCAUGAUUGCUUGUCUGGAACACAAUGAGGUCCUGGACAUCCCGAGAGUGCUGGACAUGCUGAGGCAACAGAGAAUGAUGCUGGUGCAGACCCUCUGCCAGUACACGUUUGUGUACAGAGUUCUCAUUCAGUUCCUGAAAAGCUCCAGGCUCAUCUAA